UUGGUAUUGACGUUUCUUUCUGACGGCUGUCAUAUUCUUUUACGUCAGGCUUUCAUUUCCGAUAGGAGUUUGUUAGCAAGCAAGAAAUUCCAAUAAAAAAUGGCGAAAACAAAAAAGGUUGAAAAGCGCAACAAAUCUGCCAUCAAUGAGGUAGUAACUCGCGAAUGCACCAUUCACUUGUCGAAACGUGUGCACAAUAUUGGUUUCAAGAAGCGUGCUCCACGCGCCAUUAAGGAAAUCCGCAAAUUCGCCGAGAAGGAAAUGGGCACCAAUGAUGUUAGAAUUGAUACCCGUUUGAACAAGCAUAUCUGGUCCAAGGGUAUUCGUUCCACUCCAGUCCGUGUGCGUGUGCGUCUUGCUCGCAGGAGAAACGACGAUGAGGACUCACCUAACAAACUAUACACAUUGGUGACAUACGUGCCAGUUUCCACAUUCAAGAACUUGCAAACAGAAAAUGUAGAAUCCAGCGAUGAUUAAACAUAAAAUUAAUGAAAUGUUGCAUGUUUGAAUGCAAUUAAUUAAUUACAUCGUCCGGGUUUAGAAGUUUAUUAAAAAUACAUAACGUUAAUAAA